AAUUGAAAGAGAAGAAGCAGAGGGUGGAUGUGAGGCGCAGUCUCAUCACAGUCACCGCCGCCGUCAGCAUCAUCUGAGGUGUGUCUGCGCCGCCGGAGCUGCAGACAGACAGAAAGGACCAACAGAAAAAGAUCCUGUUCCUCUCUUUACACCGACCAUGGCGUCAAAAUGUCCAAAAUGCGAGAAAACGGUGUAUUUCGCGGAGAAAGUGUCAUCUUUAGGGAAAGACUGGCACAAGUUCUGUCUAAAAUGUGAGCGCUGCAACAAAACUCUGAAUCCGGGAGGCCAUGCUGAGCAUGAUGGAAAGCCUUAUUGCCACAAGCCAUGCUACGCCACCCUCUUUGGACCAAAAGGUGUAAACAUCGGUGGAGCUGGAUCCUACGUGUACGACAAUCCUGUCAACGAAGCCCCUGCAGCCGUUUCCUUGGAAACAAACGCCAAACCAGAGGAGGAGAAAAAAGCCCCCGCACGGGGACCAGUGAAGGCUGCAAGCUUCUCAUCUUUCUCUGGAGGCCCCAACAUCUGCCCCAGAUGCAACAAGACAGUGUAUUUUGCUGAGAAGGUGUCAUCUCUCGGGAAGAACUGGCACCGGCCUUGUCUGCGCUGUGAGAGAUGCAAUAAGACUCUGGCACCGGGCAGCCAUGCAGAGCAUGAUGGGCAGCCUUACUGCCACAAACCAUGCUAUGCUGUACUGUUUGGACCAAAAGGCGUAAACACCGGAGGUGUCGGCAGCUACAUCUACGACGAUCCUGAAGCUGAAGCGCAGUCUUGAGCUCUGAAGCUGCUUCCAGCACGCAGACAGAGAAACGCCACCAGGACCCUCUGUGUCUUUAUGAUUUGCCUUCAGUGGUCAUUGUGACAAAUGAUAUGUACUACACUCACAGGGAUGGAAACUUAGAUGUUUAUGUUGUAUUUGUAUAUUGUUUAUAUAUCUAUUUUUUGUACCGAAACAGGCCUUUAAUAUGUCCUCCCAUGUGACUUUCAGAUUUGCCUUUGAGUUUCUUGGUUCUCUUUGCCAAAUAAUUAUUAGCCUGUUACUAUAGUGAAUGAAGGCUCCUGUAUUCUUUUCACUCUGGAUUAGUAGAUUUUUGACUUUUGUGCACUUAAAACAUGUACUGUAUGAAAACAAACAAACAAACAAAAAAAUGUACCAGCCCUCCAGUUUAUAGUCAGUGUUUUUUGAACAAGUUUGUCUUGGUUCUAUAAAUACGAAUGAUAGCGUAGUGAAGAUAUACAUUUUACAAAGGAGUGCAUUUUAACGAAUGCCAUUAAGGUGAUUUUGAGGGUUGCUGCAAACAAGAAAUGAUCUGCUGUUCUUCACAUUUUAUACAGUAAAAGUGUGUGGUAGCAAACCUGA